GAUAAGCUCGACCCCGUUUCGUAACAUCCGCUUAUUGAGCGCUUUUCGACUUCGUGCCUUGCACCCUCGGUUCGUUUGCGCGUAGUGCGCAAGGACCAACGACAAAAGGUCCAGUGCGCAUGUAGACAGUCGCCGCCGGCCGGCCCCGCAGCGGUUGGAGCUGGGGAGCGUCGACCGCUCUCCUCUCCCAGUAUCCUCCGCCACUUGUUGAGCGGCCGGCGUACGCGACACACACAGUUGAUCCGCUUCGUGCAUCGCACGGACUGUGAGCACGGGCACGCAGUCUUCGUCGCCGAAGCGCGCACAAACGGUCACGCAAUGCUCAGGCUCGUCGCGGCCAAAUUGCCCGGCGUGCGCUCGAAAUGGACGAGCCUUAUUCCUCGUCCUGCCGCGCCUGAGUUCCGCCGAUCGUGGAUGAGUGCUGCGAGCAAGGAGGAUUUCGACCUCAUCCGCUGUCAGACGACGGUGUUGCCGGGUCCUGAAAGGAUUAGAGUUGGCAAUGUUUGCAGCGUACCAGAAGCAGAGGUGACAACUGUGUAUGAAGCCCUUUUAAGUGGACAACGCAUGAACAAAAACAAGAAGGCCUGUGGCUACUGGAGCAAGGACCUGAAAGAGCUUCACUGGAUAAGCUAUGAAGAGCUCCUGGAAAAAUGCCAAAUGUUUGGGUCUGGACUGCUCUCCCUGGGGCUAGUACCUCGUGAGAGCAUUGCCAUGAUCAACUGCAAGACUGGCCUUGAGUACGUCAUCUCAAACUACUCCAUGUCCCACUACUCCAUGGUUUCUUGUCCAGUCACAGCCAACGCCGACCUUGAGGCCACGUCGUUUGUUCUCCAACAAGUGGAAAGCCCCGUAUAUAUAUGUGACUCUGUGGACAAAGUGCAGUACUUCAUUAGCAAAAAGGAGCAGUUUCCAGCACUAAAAACUAUUGUGUGUGCCGAAGAUAUUUCGCGGGAUGUUACUGCAGCAUGUCGCAGUAAGGGAGUGGAGUUGUUGCUGUGGAGUGACUGUCUGAAACUUGGUUCAAAAUCUGUCCAGGAUCCCAUCCCACCAACAGAAGACAUGCUUUAUGGACUUCUCUAUACAAGUGGAACAACAGGAAUGCCCAAGGGAGUGCCUGUCACACACAAGAGACUCGUGAAGACAGCCAACACCAUCAACCAUCUGGCAGGGCCAAUGAGGGCAGAGCCAGGGCAUGUCUGUUUCUGCUAUCUGCCAACAGGCCACAUUUAUGAACACAUCUAUGAGGUGACUACGUUGAUGCGUGGUGCAACCCUGGGCUUCUACCGAGGGAAUGUGCAGCUUCUCUUGGAUGAUAUGAAGGCACUGAAACCUUCCAACCUUCCCAUGGUGCCUCGUCUUCUCAAUCGCAUCUAUUACAAGGUUCACUCUGAAAUUCACAAGAGUGCUAUCAAGACAGCAGUGUUCAACUAUGCUGUAAACCGGAAACGCAAGCUGCUUGAGAAGGGCAUUGUGACAACUGACACAGUCUGGGACAAGUACAUUUUCAAGAAGAUACGUGAGGAGCUCGGCGGCAGCUUUCAGUAUGGCUUGACGACCUCUGCACCAGCCAGGGCAGAAGUUCUCGAGUUCUUCAGAUGUGUUUUUGGUUGCCAUCUUGUUGAAGUUUAUGGCAGCACUGAAGCCAGUGUGAUUUCAAGCACCUUGCCAUAUGACUUCGUAGGAGGAGACAAUGUUGGCUGCCUUUUCCCCGAAGUUGAAAUGAAGCUGGUUGACGUUCCAGAGAUGAACUAUUUUGCGAAAGACGACAAGGGAGAGAUCUGUGUUCGCAGCCCUUUGACCUUCCAAGGUUACUACAAAAAUCCCAAAGAGACUGCAAAUACGGUGCUCGAAGGUGGCUGGGUGCUCACAGGAGACAUUGGAAUGUGGACAUCGACUGGGGCACUGAAGGUUAUCGACCGAAAAAAGGACUUCUUCAAGCUCUCUCAGGGAGAGUUUAUUUCACCUGAUCGGAUUGAAAGUGUCUACAGCAUGAUGGACUAUGUUGCUACAAUAUUUGUCACAGGAUGUCCAACACAGUCAUUUUGUGUUGCCAUUGUUAUUCCUCAUGAGGAGCCUCUAAGGGACCUUGCUGCUACCUGCGGUCUCAGCAAGAAAGUGCCUUUGCCUGAAAUAUGCCAAAAUCUGACUGUGCGCAAAACUUUGCUCAAGGAGAUGCAGAAGCUUGGCAGAGAAAAUGGCUUGAGCUCCCUUCAUCAGGUUCAGAAUGUUCACCUGCACAUAGAAAAUGACUUACUGGCCUCUGGACUUGUGACAAACACGCUCAAACUCAAGCGGAAUACUGCACGACAGCAAUUUGCUAAUGUCAUCAAAGACCUGUACAGUGAAGGCCAACUUCUUAGUACAUGACACCACAGUGGCAUCUACCCCGCUAAAUGGUUGGUGCAUCAAAGAUCACCAAACUGUUCACAUGUGGACUAAAUUAGAAAACAUCAUAUUAGUGGACUGUCACUAUUCAACACUGCUGUCAUUGCUGUUGCUUGGAAUAGCACCAAACUGGCACCCAAACCGACAGUCACCAAAUUUCAAAGUCAGUUUAAAUGAAAUUAGCAUUUUAAAUGUCAGUCUGCCAUCAUUUUUUUUAAAUCUGCGAGUGAUGUGCGCAUGCUAAAGACCUUUACAUCUUGCUAUUCUUGAGGUUGUCAAGAGAAAUGCCUUAUCAUUAAUAAGGAACAAAGAUCUCUGCAUUUCACUGUGUAUACUGCUGACCCGGUGAUGAUUACAUCAUGUUAAUAGGUGUUGCGGUAGGUAGUGUUUGAAAUGUUUUUGUGGCAGCUAUUAUUGGCGCUCUGUUUCAACAUAUAAGAGUGCUUAUCAUCUGUCGUGCUUUCAAGGAUGUUUUGUACCAGGAUCAUAGACAUAAAACACCUGUUCUACCUAUGUGGGGCACAGUUUUUUAAUGUUUUUGAGGGCCUUGUGGAGCAUAUGUGUACGUAUAUAUUUUUCGAGUUCUAUGUACAACUCAUAUUUACUCAAUUGUCUGUUACUUUACAAACAGGCAAGACACACUCUAUUUGUUAGUUUGUAUCAUAUAUACACAUUUCUUGCAAUGUGCAUAUGUCACCACUUCCCGAUUGCUUUUUUUAUCACACUGUAUGCUUCUGGUACAUUGUUGUUGCACAUGUGUGCCUAUAAACUGAACCGUGAUGUAUUCUUUAACACUUUUGUAAGAGUACGACUCAAUACUUGUUGUGCUUCUUCAAAAUGGAGCUGUUCAAAGCAUUCUUUAUGCAAUUUAUAUGGUGCUGUUAAAGCGCUGAGAGAUCAUAGAGUGUUACUGCUCUUAUACAAGUACUAUAUUGAAAUGGAAUAGCCAAUAAAAAUUUUGUAACAUUGUCUCAGCCAAAACGGGAAGCCAGAAACGUAUUGUUGUUGUCUUUGUUCAGGCUAAAUACUAGUGUGCUGCCCUAUGACAUCACUGGUGUGAAGUGAUAAAAAACGGCUGUUGAAUAAACAUGAGGUUCUUUUGCCGAAGUCCCUGAUGAAUAGCGGUUAUCAUCGAAUGACAUGAUCCAUUCUGGUCAGUCAAAAAGUCCUGGUCGGAAGCUGAACGGCCGCGGUGGCAAGAUGCCUGCCGCUGGCGGGGCUGCCAUUGUUCUGGUCGAAUGCAGGGAGGGUGCUACAAGUAGCAAGUGAGAAUGGGAGGAUCAUCCUGCUUCCGACCCAAUGUCGUAUCUGCUCUAUGCCGAGCGGUACGAUGAGAGUGAAAGACAGACUGCCACUCCGAUGUCACUGCCUAAAAUAACCUCGUGUACAUUCAACAGUCGCUUUUUUAUCACUUUAAACCAUACACCAGUGGCAUCAUCAUAGGGCAGCACACUAGUGCUUGGCCUAAACAAAGAUAACAACGGCAAAACCACAGAAUCAUCUCUACUCAAGACCAGUUUAGUUUUCUUGAGUCCCUAAUUUUCUGAGCUUUUAUUUAGUUAUUCAUAAUGCAUGCAUAUGUACAUUCUUUUAAUGUGAGGCAGUUAAUACUUAACAUGAAGGGCUAUCCAGUGCAAUGUUUUUUCCGGGCAAGUGCACUGAACUUCUUUUGCCAAGUUCAAAAAUUAGACAAAGAGAUUGUGUGAAGAAAGUUGAGUUUUCUUGAGUCCCUAUUUUCUGAGCAUUUAUUUACAGUUAUUCAUAAUGCAUGCAUAUGUACAUUCUUUUAACGUGAGGAGGUCAAUAACUAACAUGAAGGGCUAUCCAGUGCAAUGUUUUUUCCGGGCAAGUGCACUUAACUUCUUUUGCCAAGCUCAAAAAUUAGACAAAGAGAUUGUGUGAAGAAACUGUGUGCCUCAAUGAGAUCUCAAUAGGACUUUUUGAGGGUCUAGUUGGUGCAUACUGAUAAAAAAUUACUGAGCACAAGAAACAUGCUACACACAAAGAAGGUGCACAGUGCUCCUUGUCCCUAGUGUCUUUUUGUGUCUUGGGUGUUUCCUUGUGCUCGGUAGUUUUUCACUAAAGUUAGUUUAUUGCAUGUUAAUUAACUCUGCAAUGGAGAAUUCACUGCUAGCACAUUUUUUCAGUCAUGCUGAACUUUGCUCAAAAGGUGAAGCAGUUUACUGCCACCCUGAUGUUGCAGAAUUUAAAUGUCGUGAGUGCGUUUCUUUCACCUGUUACGUUUAGGUGGUUGGUAUUCACUAAACAGCAAGUUCUUACAUUUUAAAAAUGGCAUCGUUCACAUUUACGAGGCCUUUUAGAGCUUCUUAUGUUUCCUGCUUAUGCAGCAGGCAUAUGCCAUCUGCUUGGUCGGACUCCUAGAAUAAAUGCAGUGUGAUGGAAUGGUGUGAAGUCCUUCCCAGUCAUAAAUAUACAGCUGCAUGUUGCUUCUUUGUGCACCUCUAGCUGUUUUUACUGAUGUCCUGUGAUUUGUACAUAACACUCCUGUACAUAACAUGUUGUUUGCAAUAAAAACGUGCUUCCUGAACAUGCUACCUUCUAA